CAACUCGCUCUUUAUUGGUAGUUAUUUUAGCGCAUCACUGGACACCUUUUUGCAUGUUAACUUUUAUUCAUUUUUUGUGAUUUUGGACAGCACUGUGUGAGAAUGACUUUUAUUUUGGUGUGGAGACGUGACGUCAUAAGGCUGCCCCGCGCUCCUGCUUUUGUGAUACAGCUUAAGAAAGGUUUGUCCCACCAGAGUCGCCAAAGAAAGAGAAAGGACAAAGUGUCCAAACACAGGAAACUUCUACUGAAGCAACUGAGAUCUACUGAAAGAUGGCUUUUAUUAAAGAGGAGAGUGAAGAUGUGAAGAUUGAAGAAACAUUCAGAGUCAAACAAGAAGAUACUGAGGAACAAACAAAGAUGAUGUUUAUUAAAGAGGAGAGUAAAGAUAUGAAGACUGAAGAAACAUUCAGAGUCAAACAAGAAGAUACUGAGGAACAAACAGACCUGAUGGCACUGAAAGAAGAGAGUCAAGACCUGAAUGAAAACAAAGAGAAACAUCUGAGUGAUGAGAAGCAUCAGGAUUUCAUAACUGAAGAAAAAUCUUUCAGUUGCUCACAGUCAAAAACGAUUUCCAUGCAAAAAAAAGCUCAGAAAACAGGAUCUAGGAAGUUCACCUGCAAACAGUUUGGAAAAAGUUCCAUUCGAAAAGUAUCUCUUAAAGUACAUGAAAUCAUUCACACUGAAGAGAAGCCUUUCACCUGCCCUCAGUGUGGUAAGGGUUUUUCACAAAGACAGGCAUUGUAUCCCCACAUGAGAACUCACACUGGAGAAAAGCCUUUCACCUGCCAACAGUGUGGUAAGGGUUUUUCACAAAGAUCAGCAUUGUAUUCCCACAUGAGAACUCACACUGGAGAAAAGCCUUUCACCUGCCAACAGUGUGGUAAAGGUUUCGCUCAAAAUGAAACCCUUAAAGCCCACAUGAGAGUUCACACUCAAGAAAAGCCUUUCACCUGCCAACAGUGUGGGAAAAGUUAUACUCAAAGUAAUAACCUUCGAGUCCACAUGAGAAUUCAUUCUGGAGAGAAGCCUUUUCCCUGCCAACAGUGUGGAAAAAGUUUCAUUCGAAAAGAAUAUCUUAAAAUGCAUGAAAGAGUUCACACUGAAGAGAAGCCUUACAUAUGCUCUCAGUGUGGUAAGGGUUUUUCACAAAGAUCAGCAUUGUAUCCCCACAUGAGAAGUCACACUGGAGAGAAGCCUUUCACAUGCCAACAAUGUGGACAAAGCUUUGCUGAAAGAGGAAUCCUUCAGCUUCACCUUAGAAUUCACACUGGAGAGAAGCCUUUCACCUGCCAACAGUGUGGAAAGGGUUUUUCACGAAGAGAUUCAUUGUAUUCCCACAUGAGAUCUCACACUGGAGAAAAGCCUUUCACAUGCACCCAGUGUGGGAAAAGUUUCUCUCGAAAGGUAAACCUUAAAUCCCACAUGAGAAUUCACACCUGAGAAAAGACACAUCAGCCCUUCUCCGAUGACUGUUUGUGUCAUCAGUGUGGAGUGAGUUUCAUAGAUCGAAAACAUUGUAUGAAUCAUGUCUAAUUGGAGAAAAGCCUUUCAUGUGCCAUCACUGUAGAAAGACUUGUUAAAUCACAGCAAACCUUAGGUUACAUUUUACUCGACACCAUGUGGUCAAAAAUAAAAAAAGGUUUUACGCGUACACAACCUUUUCAAAAUGAUUCGCUGUCACCUUGUUAGAAAUUCAGGUUUUAAAUGAAUUUGAAAAAGCAAAUGAAUUUAAUAACUUGUAUAAUCAUUUUGAAUUGACGGGAAAUGGUAGCAUUGUUAAAUGUAGAGAUUUGCUUAGUUCAGUAAUAUGUGAUUUUACAAAGGAUAGAAUUAUGGCGGACCCUAGUGCUGUUGCUAAAAUCUUUAAAAGGCUACAUGCCAAAAAGUCCAGUGGUCCAGAUGGUAUUUCAGCUUUUUUACUUAAAACAUUUGCUGAUGAAUUAUCUCCAGCCUGGAGUCCACUAUUUCAAUUAUCACUCGACACUGGAAUUAUUCCUACAAUAUGGAAAAAAGCAGUCAUUAUCCCAGUU